AUGGUAGGGACGAACUUCACAGCCUGUGUACUGGACGUGGGGAACACCAGUGAUUCAGUGGUACUGGACGUGGGUAACCCCAGUGAUUCAGUGGUACUGGACGUGGGUAACCCCAGUGAUUCAGAGACACUGGACGUGGGGAACCCCAGUGAUUCAGAGACACUGGACGUGGGGAACCCCAGUGAUUCAGAGACACUGGACGUGGGGAACCCCAGUGAUUCAGAGACACUGGACGUGGGGAACCCCAGUGAUUCAGAGACACUGGACGUGGGGAACCCCAGUGAUUCAGAGACACUGGACGUGGGGAACCCCGGUGAUUCAGAGACACUGGACGUGGGGAACCCCAGUGAUUCAGAGACACUGGACGUGGGGAACCCCAGUGAUUCAGAGACACUGGACGUGGGGAACCCCAGUGAUUCAGAGACACUGGACGUGGGGAACCCCAGUGAUUCAGAGACACUGGACGUGGGGAACCCCAGUGAUUCAGUGGUACUGGACGUGGGGAACCCCAGUGAUUCAGUGGUACUGGACGUGGGGAACCCCAGUGAUUCAGUGGUACUGGACGUGGGGAACCCCAGUGAUUCAGAGGUACUGGACGUGGGGAACCCCAGUGAUUCAGUGGUACUGGACGUGGGGAACCCCAGUGAUUCAGUGGUACUGGACGUGGGGAACCCCAGUGAUUCAGAGACACUGGACGUGGGGAACCCCAGUGAUUCAGAGACACUGGACGUGGGGAACCCCAGUGAUUCAGUGGUACUGGACGUGGGGAACCCCAGUGAUUCAGAGACACUGGACGUGGGGAACCCCAGUGAUUCAGAGACACUGGACGUGGGGAACCCCAGUGAUUCAGAGACACUGGACGUGGGGAACCCCAGUGAUUCAGAGACACUGGACGUGGGGAACCCCAGUGAUUCAGAGACACUGGACGUGGGGAACCCCAGUGAUUCAGAGGUACUGGACUUGGGGAAUCCCAGUGAUUCAGAGGUACUGGACUUGGGGAAAUAUUGA